CCUCUGAUUACACACCAUCGUCCAGCACAUCACCACCACACUCGAUUCCGGGCAAGAUGACGUCUCCGCAAACAAUGUGUCUAUCCUGCUUGCGAGCAGCGCAGAGGGCGGCAAGGACAUCCACGAAAGUGCUUAACAAACCAUCACAACUCUCCCACCGAACAUACCACACAUCUACUCCAUCGCCACAACCACUACCCGUCACUCGAAAGCUCGUCCAAAGACCAUAUAUAUCUGCAUACCAUGCAAUCCCGAAGAAACAAAUCACUGCUCCCGGAGCAACCACACAUCGAACCCUAGCCACAGCGGCCACAUCGCCAACCUCUCCACCCACAAACGACCCACAACCCACCCGCGCAAUCCUCCACCCCCGGAACGACGACUCAGGCAACCCAAUGCGCGUUUCUCUUUCUCCACGCGCCACCAACCGCCUCGCUGCCAUUGCUUCCAAAGACUCAAACCCCAACCUUGCCCUCCGCAUCCUCAUCGAGAGCGGCGGUUGCCACGGCUUCCAGUACGUCAUGUCGCUCGUCAACCUCUCCACCGAACCCGCCACCGAAGAGGAUACCGUGUUCGAGGGCGAGAAGGGCGCUAAGGUGGUAGUGGAUGAGGCGAGUUUGGAGCUGUUGAAUGGGAGUACGGUUGAUUAUACUAUGGAGUUGAUUGGGAGUCAGUUUGUGGUGACGGGGAUACCUGGUGCGACUAGCAGUUGUGGGUGCGGGACGAGUUUUGAUAUCAAGUUGUGAGUUGAAACUUUGGUGGAUGUGAGAUGGGUUCUCAUAGUGGAUUGC